UUGUCCAAAAAAAAAAAAGAAUAGCUACCUUCAAGAUCAAAAUAUAGACGAUCCUAGAGGCUUAUCGGGGGAGGCGCAAAUAUUUUAAAACGAAAAUAAUAGGUCAUUGGAAAAGGCGGUAAUAUUUUGUCAGUAUUGUGCAGACAGCAGUCAAUGUGUUCCGGAGCUCCCACUGAACCAGACGCGCUCGCCUUCACGGAACCUGCAAACUUUCAAAUGUCAGAACCUGCUACUCCCCUACGCCCUCUCACCGCCACGCUUUUCUCCGACGCUCCGUCCCUGAGCCCCCUGAAAACCGUCGUUCUCUGCUCUUCCUCCCCCUCCAAAUGUUGCGUCACCUUUAGGAAAUCCGGGUCUUGCUGGGUGAUUGGGGUUUAUGCUAUGUUGGCUAAUUAAAAUCCAAAAACCCGCUUUCUUCCUCCCCUGGUUUUUCAAAUCGCGUAGUAUGACUUCAGGGUUUGAUCUUCCCUCAGCAAUGGAAUGCCCAAAUGCUACUAGUAAGUCCAUUAUCAAAUCCAACUCAACCAUGUCAGAAAUCGUCUCCAAGUUCGCCAUAGUCUGUAAAUUGAAAUCCAUUGGGGUCUUCUCCUCUGAAAUGCCCAACCUCCCUCACAUGCACAAACCCAUCUUCAAUGAUGCUCCUGCAAGUGAAAUCCGAAGAUGUGGUAGCGGUGAUCGUUCAAGUGAGGAAAAGACUAAAAGCCACGUUGAGAAAGUUCAUCCUCGGCCCAUUGAAGUGCCGGCGAAAGAGUAUGAUAAUGCUCGUGUUAAUGUUGAGAUGAUGGAGAUAUUUGACACAGUUUCUGCCCUGAAACAGGCAUAUCUUCUGCUCCAGCAAGCUCACAUCCCUUAUGAUCCGCACGGGAUUGUUGCUGCUGAUGAUAAAGUAGUUGCUGAGCUCGAAAAGCUAUGCAAGUUCAAGCGCGAUUAUAAGCAGAAACAAUGCAGGAAAGCACGUUUCAAUGUUUCGCAGCGUUCUCGUCUCCUGCGGACCGAAAUGAAGGUCAAAGAGGCGUUGCUAGGGAAGCUGAAGUCUCAGAAUAGUGCUAAAGGCUCUGAGAUUCUCCGGCUGAGGCAAGAGCUUCAUGAUUUGGAGAUGGGUAAUAAAGCAAUGGCAGAGAAGAUCAAGCGGAUCGAUCUAGAGAAGAGGAAAGCCAGUGUUUUGAGCGCUGCUCAGUUCCAAGAUUUCUUCAAGGCAGCUUCAAAGUGUAUUCAUGACUUUGCUAAACCUUUGAUUAGUUUGAUGAAAGCUUCAGGCUGGGACCUAAAUUUGGCUGCCAAGUGGAUUGAAAAUGAAGCCGUUUACGCCAAAAGAUCCGACAAGAAGUACGCUUUCGAGGCCUACAUUGCUCGCAGGGUGUUUCAUGGGAUCCGCUUAACGUCUUACGAUGUCGGGGGUGUCAUGAAGUUUGAAGACCCAAUUGAUGCGCUGAUGGAGAAUCCUGAUUCAGAGUUUGCCACGUUCUGCCGAGCUAAAUAUCUUCUGGUCAUUCAUCCGACAAUGGAAGAGAAAUUCUUUGGGAACUUAGAUCACCGGACAUUCGUACUGAGCGGGAAACAUCCUAGGACAGAGUUCUAUCAACUGUUUGCUAAAAUGGCGAAAUGGAUUUGGGUCUUACAAGGUUCUGCGAGACCAAUAAAUCCUGAUGCAACAAUGUUCUCUGUGAACAGAGGAAGCGAGUUCUGCAGUUUGUACAUGGAAUCUGUUGAGGAAGAAAGGAAUUUCACUGGUGUAUCUGAUGAAGAAAGAUCAAACUACAAAGUUCAGUUCAUGGUGAUGCCUGGGUUUAGAAUUGGGCAGACAUUGGUGAAGUCUAAAGUUUAUGUCUCAACUUCUUAGGGUGUUAAUUAAAUGGAGGGCCCUCUUAACUGGUAAUUCAGCAGACAGAACAUCAUGAGUUUGGCACCAGGCUUUGGCUACUAGGUUAUGUAGUCUACUAAUCUUUCCUGUUAGAGGCUUCUAAUAUAAUUUUAAGUUGCCAGAGUCUCUAAUUUCUUCACUGAAAUGUAAUAUUUUGGUCUCCCACAUUUCUAUAUGAACUGUGAACAGACAUUUGAGCGAACCAGUCGUUUACUCAUUUUGAUCUGUUCCGCUAAUUAUUAAUUAUAGAACAUAGUAUUGGUUGAUGCAGAUGAUGUAUGCUCCACAACUUAUAAAAUAUUUUGCAAACUCGGGACAGUGUCUUGCUGUUUCAUUGGCAUGCUUUGGCAGGCACUUAUGUGUAAUAUUGAUUGAAGUUCGAGUUGAUCGGA